AUGGAGCCCUUUUCUGAUCAGUACAUGGAAUUCCACCCCAUCCAUGGGACCAAUGUAAAGCUGGACCACUCAGGCACUCAGGCGACACGUGUGGAGAGCUUUGCUAAUGGUGUUUGCUUCAGCAAACACCCACUGAAUCCAGGGGAGAUCUUCCUCAUCGAGAUCGAGGACAAGGAGUUGGGCUGGUGCGGCCACCUCCGUGUAGGUCUCACUGCCAGAAACCCCAUAAGCUUGGAGGCUGUUCCAGAAUAUUCCAUCCCAGACUUGACAGAUCUGGGGGACAGCUGGGUUUUUGCGAUAACUCGUAACCACAAUAAAGUGGUAGAGGAAGAAGAUGGAGGAGACGGACAAGCCGGCGGUCAGAGGCUUGGUCGUGGUGAGCUGGAAGAUGGCAUGAGCAAUCCCCACCCCAAAACGUUCUUCACAGACUCACACUUGUACAUUGAGAAUGUGCGGAUACCCCGAGACAAGUUGGUCGGGCGUAGUCGACCAGGACGUUUCAGUCACAUUCUGGAUGACUUGUUCAAGACAAACGCGUUGCCUCCAACAGCCAGACGGAGCAGGAUCGGGGUGCUUUACGUGCCCAAGGGACGAGACUUGGCUGACAUGCACAUUAUCAUCAAUGGAGAGGACAUGGGGGCUUCUGCCAAGGACAUCCCAACCAUCCAGCCCUUAUACGCUGUGGUGGAUGUCUUUGCCGCGACAAAGUGUGUACGGAUCGUUCAGGUGGAGUAUGGAUUUUCUUCAUUGCAGACAUUAUGCAGACAAACCAUCCAGAAACACAUCGUGCACAGGAUGGCCAUUGACUGGCUGGACCUCCCUGAGGCACUGAAGCACUACUGCAAAUACGAGUGA